GCGUCGUCUGCAAGCACUGAUUCUCUCUCCCUCUCCCUCUCCUCCUUUAUCACUCAUUAUCCCAUCUCCUGCGACGUCCGUGGGAAGAAAAGAGACAAGAAUUCUUAAAGAUGGGGAUGGCACGGAUAUUACAGGGGAUUAUGAGGUACAGGGAGACCCACAGAGCAGGAAUGGUGAAGCAAUUUAAGGUCGUCCGCGAUGAUCCUCAUCCAAAAGCAGUAUUUUUCUCCUGCAUGGACAGCAGAAUGUUGCCAACAAGGUUUACACAAACGAACGUUGGAGACAUGUUUAUUGUAAGAAACGCAGGGAAUCUUGUACCUCAUGCAAACCUCUGUGGCCACGAAGAAAUCACAACUGAACCAGCAGCAUUAGAAUUAGGUUGCGUCAUCAAUGGCAUUCGUCAUGUUAUUGUGUGUGGCCACUCUGAUUGCAAGGCAAUGAAUAUGCUUCAUCUCCUUCGCAACACUGACCGACUGCACCAUGAAAUUAUCCGGCUGUCUCCCCUCAAGGCAUGGUUAGUGCGACACGGAAGCUCCUCGUUGGCUAAAUUUGCACAGCUGGAGGUGGCAAAUUUCCAAGCUCCACUCAUCUUUCAGGCUGAAACCCCAAUGCGAAGAUUUGUCGCCUACAUCGACCCAGAGAAUCACUUCACUGACGAGGACAAACUCUCGCAAGUGAACACCCUGCAGCAGCUCCAGAACAUCGCCAGUUACAACUUCAUGCGCGAGGGACUCCUCAGAGGCAAAGUCUACAUUCAUGCCUUGUGGUUCGAUAUUUACACUGGUGACAUUUAUUACUUUAGCCGACAGCAAAAGAUGUUUGUGGAUGUCAACGAAGGUAAUAUAGAGAAGCUCCUGGAAGAAGUUUCAAAAUAUUACACAUAAGUCUUAGAGCUAUAUGUAUACUUUUUUAAAGAUGAGUCGUAGAGAAAGGUUAUGGACCAAGAUCAAUGCAGAAAGAGAAUUCCAUAGCUAUUUCUGUAGUUGUUUUUACUAUUUUUCAUUAAGCAGACAGAUAUUUUUACAAUAUUGCUUGUACAGUUUCUGCCAUUCCACUCCCUUUAAUUAACAUUCAUUUCUAACUUUUUGCUUUGGAAGUUCGUCAUGCUAUAGACAAUGUAUAUCUACAUAUUUAAUAUAUCCAUAUAGUUACUGUAACUUCAGUACUCAAAACAGUAGUGAUCUAGAGGCUGUAAAAAUUGUAAUGAAAUUUUAGUGGAGACUAUAGUUUUACAAGAAUGGUAAACAGGAAGGCAAAGUAAUGUGACAUUUGAAAAGAAGCAUGAGAAAUUUUACGAGAAAUACUAAGGUGGGAUUUGUGAAAUGAAUAACAAGCCAAAAAGUCUAAAAGGAAAAUGUAGCGUUGCAUUAAAUCUUUCUUUUUUGUUUCCCAUAUAGAAAGUGGAGGUUGAAGUUUUGCUUGGGUAUGUAAUCUUACAGGGCAUUACUCAUUCUGCAUAGAUUUUAGCUUCUUUUAUCUCUCUCCAGCAGAGAAAUAUUAAGGAUAGAUUCUUUUCAUUCAGGGAAUAAUUGUAAUGAGAUAUAUAUAUAUAUUGGUUAGAAUCUUAUUAGCCUAAUUAGUACUCUCAAUUACAGAGUAACAAAUAAUCCCAGAUAAUAUUAAUUAAUGAACAAUAACAGAUCCAGAGGUAACAGAGGAGAGCUUUCAGUGAUAAACUACCCCCACAGAAGGCACACACAAGGUACAGAUAUUUAUGACCAAUUUCGGUAAUUCUAAGAUGGUUUUGCUAAAAUUAGUAAAGAAAUGUCCACUGUAAUUCCUUGUGCAUAUAAUUCAUUCUAAAUUUUCAUGUACUUAUUUUUCACCCAUUUUGACAACACAAGAGCCUUUGAAAUACCCUGAAUCUGCCCCCAUUCACAAAAGCUUACAUAUGACAAAUAGUAAGAGGUUGUAAAUGAGAAUGAAUAAUUUGACAAGGAAGAUAUGAAUGGUGUGUUGUUGAAUAAUACAUUCUCAUUCAUAAACUUCUUAGCAAGGCACACAUUGUUGGUAUUUGUUAAGUUUUUGCUCAGUAUUUUAGUAUUCUCCGCUGCCAGUGAUUUUCAGUGCUCAAAGUAUUGUUUUAAUGUCUUAUAGGCAGUAUACCAUGACCUAAUUAAGUCCAUAAGAUUGAAUAUAAUGCUAUAUUUCUAUUUGUUUCCUCUUUUGUUUCAUAUAUUUUAGGUAAAUAUUUGGAGCAAAAUAUUUCAGAAGCAUCAUUAUUUAUGCAUACAGAAAUAUUUUUAUGAUAUUAUUGUUAGUAUUUUAUGCAAAGAAUUACAAUUGUAAAAUAGCUUUUACUUGUACUAUAUUUUAUUACAUUUGCCCUUCUUUCAUAUAUAAGUUUGCCAUUGCAAUAUUUACAUUAUUUUGUCA